GCAGUUCCGAACAGGGACUGGAGAGCAAAGCUGGCCUGUUGCUGCCACACUCUGGUGAAUCCGCCCAUCCCCGCUCUCCAGCACACAGGCCAUGCACAGGCCCUUGGUUCCCGCCGGGCGCUCAGAACUAGCUGUCCUCUGGAGUCCGCCGGACUCGCGGACCUUUUCUCUCCGAGUCGUGUUUCCGAGCGGAUCACACGCUGACGAACGCUUUGGAGCCGAAGUUCCGAGGCCUUUGAAGAAGCAUAGCGUGAGUAACCAUGACCGGGCAGCGCCUCCAGGUACCUCGGCUCGAGGGUGUUUCGCGGGAGCAGUUCUUGCAGCACCUCUACCCACAGAGAAAACCUCUUGUGUUGGAAGGAAUUGACCUAGGAACAUGUACGAGCAAAUGGACAGUGGAUUACCUAAGCCAAGUUGGAGACAAAGAAGUAAAGAUUCAUGUUGCUACAGAACAGAUGGACUUCAUUAGUAAGAAUUUUGUAUAUAGAACUUUACCUUUUGACAAGUUGGUCCAGAGGGCAGCUGAAGAAAAGCACAAAGAAUUCUUUAUUUCAGAGGAUGAGAAAUACUACUUAAGGUCACUUGGAGAAGACCCUAGAAAGGAUGUUGCAGAUAUCAGAAAGCAAUUUCCUUUAUUAGAAGGAGAUAUUAAGUUUCCAAAAUUCUUCAAAGAGGAACAGUUCUUUUCCAGUGUUUUUCGAAUUAGUUCACCCAGAUUACAGCUUUGGACCCACUAUGAUGUAAUGGAUAACUUCUUAGUACAAGUAACAGGAAAAAAGCGGGUUACACUAUUCAGCCCUCGAGAUGCCCAGUAUUUAUAUUUAUCAGGUACUAAAUCAGAAGUGCUGAAUAUAGACAACCCAGACUUAGCUAAAUAUCCACUCUUUUCCAAGGCUCGAAGGUACGAAUGCACCCUUGAAGCUGGUGAUGUAUUAUUCAUUCCCGCUUUAUGGUUCCAUAAUGUGAUUUCUGAAGAGUUUGGAGUGGGAGUGAAUGUCUUUUGGAAGCACCUUCCAUCUGAAUGCUAUGAUAAAACAGACACCUAUGGAAACAAAGAUCCUAAAGCAGCAUCAAGAGCUGCACAAAUUUUAGACAGAGCCUUAAAAACACUGGCUGAAUUACCGGAGGAAUACAGGGACUUCUAUGCACGGCGAAUGGUCUUACACAUUCAAGACAAAGCCUAUAGCAAGAACUUCGAGUAAAUAAUGAAGUGAAUGUGAUGCAUGUUAACACUUUAAUAAAAUAUAAUUCAGACAUUGGGAAAGUAUAAUAAGUUAUAAAUUUUUAAAGAUUCCGUCUUUGUUAAAAUAGGAAAGAUAAAUCAAUCUCAGAUUUACAGAUUAAAUAUGAUGUGGGUCUUGGUAUGGUUUCCACUUGAUACAGAUUGUUAAAAGAACACUAUAUUGGGACCACUCUUUAGCUACAGGAUGCAAAUGACUGGACUAGGGAUAUAGCUUGGUGGUGUAACGCCUGCCUAGCAUGCUUAGGGUCCUGGAUUUGAUCUACACCACCAACAAAUAAACAAAAAACCCCAAGUAACUAAAAAUCCAACUUAAAAUGACUUCAGCAAUAAGAAACUGCAUUAAAUCUCAUUACAUGAAGUCUGAUAGGUUUCAGUGUUCCUAAACCAUUGAUUUGGUAAUGGCACCAAAAGCUCGGGAGAUUUUUCUUCCUUUUUCUCUAGCCACAGCAUUGGCAGUUAUCCUAAGGCUGGCUACCCUUGUGGUCAUGGGAUGAUUGCCAGUAGUUGGGGCCUUGUGUAUCUUCAUUUACAUUCAGCAGAACAACCUGGCUGGAUUCCAGUGGUCCUGUCUUAACGUGAGGAAGCUUUCCCAGAAUUUGCUACCAAAUCCUUGAGUCUCAUUGCUCUAAAGUUGCUUAGCCCUGUCCAUCCCUGAGAUAGUCAUUAGCAAAGGGUUUGCAGUAACCCUUAGGCUACUCAGGUAUACUGAAGCUGGGAAUAGAAUCCUCUUUGAGGCCUAUGAGGUAUGUAUGGGGCAGAAUGGAUAAUUUUAAAAAUCAGAGUUCUGAUAGAAAAGGAAAAAUGGUAAACAACUGUGUUGUCUACUAUAUGUGCACAUAAUCAGAAUCUUUUGAGGCACGUUUUUUGAACACGUAGAUGCCUAGGCCCCAACUAUGUCGACUUUGAUUCAGUUUGUUUGGGACUUGGUAUAGGUAUCUAAUAGAACUUACAGGCUGUUUUGAUGUAUAAUCAGGACUGAGAAUCAUUGGACUAUAAUGAUUUGGAUUCUUAGUUUUGUGAUUUAACAAAUGUUUAAUCUGAUCCUGCUUUUUCUUGCCACCCAAUGUCAAGUCAGCCUCUUUUUUCAAUUGUUUUAUAUAGAAAAUAAAUCAGUUUUAGUUCAUAUGUAUGGCUAAACCUCAACCUACUUAAAGUUUCCUCCACUAAAUCCAUUUUCACCUAUCCUUUUUCUAAGGAAAAUUUUUUUAAGUGAAUGGGAGAUCCUAAUGUUGUCUUUGAAGACAGCGAGCCAUUGUAUGUUUAUCGGUGCUAUUCUGUUUUGCACCUAGCAAUUAUAUUACAAUGUCACUGAAAAAAGACCAAGUAUAUUUACUGAACACAAAUGUGCCCAUCUAAAGCAAUCUCUUACUACAUCAUUUUGGUGCAUUUUAAUUAAUUUUCUCUAUUGAAGAUAUCCAUUCAUUCAUUUUGUUGGAGUAGUUUCAGAUGGAAAAUUGCAAAUCACAGUAAUCAAGAAAGGAAAAGUUCUGACUUUCCUAGGCAUCUUUUGAAAAACUUACUGAAUUUACUAAGAUCAACAAAGGUGAACAAAGGUCUGUCAGAAAAGGAAUUGUUUUAAUAUACUAGCCAAAUCUUAAUUACUAGACUUUGAUCUUUAGUUACUUCCUGAACAAGGAACUUCUUUAAUCAUUCCUGUUACUUCAGGAAAGAGAAAGACAAAACCUUAGUUCGCACAGUAUUUAUUUAUAGUCAGGUUUUAAUGAACUUUUUUUUUUUUCCCCUUCCUUAACCAAUGAGAAUCUGUGCAAAGUGUCAAUGUGGAAGUAAAACAGUUACAAUUAGUGCACAGGAUAUUCAUUUUAUUUCAGUUUGGUUAGUGGGGAAACAAACUGGAUGAAGUGAAAUAACCUCUGAAGCUUAUUUUCCUCGUCUUUAAAAAAGAAUUAAUACAUGCUUCAUAUGUUGCUAUAAAAAAAUACAAGGAGACAGUUAAGAACAGAAACAGUUGAUGACUGGUGUUACUCCAUUUAAUUUCUUUUUUGCUAAGAGGUUUGAGGUAGCAAUAUUACAAUAUUUGGAAAGCUAAAGAUAGACCCACUGGGAAGUUUUAAAAUUACUUCCCUGGUUGUAUUUUUAUAAGGGUCUGUUCAUUUUAAAAUUAAGAUAUUUUAAUCUUUUUUGCCUUCUGGGUUAAGGCCAAAUGAAUAAAGUAUUACACAGUAAAUGUGAAUGGUAACCUCACAAGGAUUUUUUUUAUUCUUGAAAGGAAUCUUAGAAACUAAUCAAUCUAGAUUGCAUAAAUGCUUGUCCAGACCGACACAGCUGAUAGAAGCUAGGAUUGAUUUCAGUAGUAGUGACUGCAUUUAUUUGUCAUUCUCCCUUCUUUCUCAAUGUUUAGCACAUCUCAAAUACUUCUGAAUGGAAUGCAUAGCUUUUCUUUGGCUGGUUUGGGAGCUGAACCUGAUGCACAAAGGAAUUUCCUUCCUCUUCCAACAAACCUUCUCACUUCACUGCUUGAUAUAUAAAGGAUUCAAAAUAAAACGAAGCAGGCAAACAGCAGAAUAUAAUACAAAAAAUGGAAUAGUGCAGCCAAAGAAUGAGGCAAAGGUAUACAUGCUGGCAUGAAAUUUUCCCAAUGUAAUUACACACAAAAGGUGUCAGAAUAUGUUGCCAUUUGUAUAAAAUAAGGUGUGCUGUAUGUAAACAUUUAUAUAAGCAUGAAUUAGCUCUGCAAGACUUUACAUGAAACUAGUUCUAGUGGUUGCCUCUGAGAAGAGGCUGAAGAGCUAGUGGGAAGACUGGCAGUUCUGUAUUGUAUUUUUCACAUUUUGAAAGCAUUACGUGUGAAGUGUAAUUAUUAAUUUUUCAAGAACAUUAACAAUAUUUUUCUUGGAACAUGAGUACAUUUGAAUUGUACUUAAUCAGUAAUUUCAAACAUCUUUCAUGAAAUAUCAAAACAAAAUCAACAAGGCUUAAUUUGUGUCCUUUAUCCUUCUGGAACAGCUGUGUGAACCCAAGUUCUUAAGAACCUAGUAACAAAGUUUUUCUCUCACCUAUAAAAAGUUGUCAACAGAUAUACAAGAUGAAUCUAAAAGGUUAAAAAAAAGUACAGGAAGUUGAAAGGCAGAUCUGGAUAGAAUUGGAACUGUGCUGCAUGCUUCCUUCCUCUGGUGCUAAAGGAUGUGGUCAGAAGGAACCAACAGAUUAGCAGUCAGGCACACAUCUGGUGUUGUCUGUCCAGUUCAAGCAUACAUGCCAUGAAUGCUUGGGUGUCUUAAAUACACCCUAAAGUGGAAAGUAAAUGACCUCCAUAAGGAACUCUGCCUAUCUCUACCACUAACUGGUAUAAGAGCAGCUGGGUCUUUCUGCCUUUGUAAAAAACAAAGUGACUUACAGAUGAAGCUAUUUACAUCUCAUCCCUCAAAGGAUUUUAAAACAGACUACCUUAUAACUACUACUUUUUGUUCCAUAUUUUCUCUCUUUAUAACCAUUCCAACUUUAAUCUGUUACACAUUUCCAUAGUAACACACUGGGACUUUGUGCUAUAUCCUUAUGGCCUAGACUCUGCUUGCUCUUGGUGGAUGCCCAGAUAUUGGUGCAUGAAUGAAAUGAAAACUUGAUCAUACGACAUUCUAAACAACUCUCUUCAGGAGCUAGAAGGAAUACAGAUACCUGAAAUGAUUAGCAGAGAAAAGGAAGACUUGAUGUUCUAGAAAAUGCAACAGGAAAAAAAUGGUAGAAUGCAAAUUUUCAUGGAGUAAUUUAAAAAGAAGGGUUCUGUUUUUACAGAAAAGAUUUUCAAAGUUCCUCAUUUGAAAAAUCAUGGAGGUUAAUGAAAGCAUGUAUAGAAACCCAAACUGGCAAGACAGAUAUAGCUUCCAUUCACAUAAUGAUAUGAAGUUUAAAAAAUGUUGACAAUAUAAAGCACAUCCAAACACACUUAUGUAGAUUAUUAAUUUUAAUACACUUAUACAUUCAUGCUGUGGUGGUAACAACUUUCACAUUAUUUAUAGGACUACUUUUCUCAAUUGACUCUUCCAUCACAAAGGCACAAUCCAAGAGGACACACUAACAUUUACAGUAACAGUUCUAAAUGUGGGAAAAGGACCAAUCUAAAGUGUCAAACAAAAUAUUUGUAUAUGGAUAAACUAGAAUAUAUUUCAUUCUGAAAAUAUUGUUACUUUUCAAUAUGGUCUCACUUGGAUAUGAUAACAGUUUUAGGUACCAGUGAGUCAUUCUUAAUAUCCAUUCAAUAUAUAACAAUUAAAUUAAGCAUUCAUGUGACUGGAUAACUGAAUUCAGAUUCAAAUAGUUCAUAUUUUUUAAAUGAAUUUGUCUAUUAAAAGUCCUAUCUUUCCAGUUUAGUUAAUCCUGUGAAAAUAAAAGCCUUUUCUUUCUCCAUAGUCCAUUCAGUAACUCAGCUAUUUUAUAUUAGAUAUAUGUGAAUUUAACAAAGAAUUAUUAAAUUGAAAAAAGUCACCCAAUUAUGGUGUUUUAAGGCAAGGUAAUAUAUAAAAUGUUAGAAUCUGUUCAACUUGUUUCUGUGAUGGAAAUUUUUGGUCUGGAAAGCAGGUAUUUUAAAAAUUUAGAUACUACUCUACUACAGUUUAGAAUUGUGUUUGUUUUUAAGUAUCUGGUUAAGAAUCCUUUUCUCAUGAAUCUCUAAAUAUUUGGAAUGUAUUUACAGUCAUUAAGAUGUAAUUCUGGGAACAAAUCAAAAAAUUAACAUUUUUACCUUAUAUUGUUUAAUAAAUUUAGGUCCUCUGGGUCAUUAAGA